AUGUACACGACCAGAGCUGAAAUGAAAAUAUUUGCUACUAACGUUGUUUUGCCCGGGACUUCGGAGGUAACUGUUGCACCCACCGCUGCAACAGGCCAGCAAAUUCAAAGGGAUUUUCGUUGUGGCGCGCAGGUCAAAUACAACAAGUACGGCAACAACAAUCACAGUAAUAAACUAGGUAAAUGCUGCGCCAGGCGAAAUAUAAUAACAACAACAAUAGCAGUGAUAGCAAGAUGGGUAAGCGUCAACCACAACCCACACAACAGCAACAGCAACAACAACAACAACAACAGUCACAGCAUUCGCAGCCAACAGCAACAGAUGCCGUCCUAUAGCAACAAUGCUAAUAAUUUUAGUCGCAAAAAAUAUUAUGGCAACAACAGUAGUAACUACAACUGCAACCAACAGCAGCAGCAGCAGCAACAUGCGCUGUAUUAUCAAGAACAGCAGCAACAACAACAUCCAACAUCCACAUCCAAGCUGAUCAACAACAAUAAUAUGCUGGUCAAAAAUCAAAAUAUUGUAGACAAAGCUAGCUAUAAAACGAACAAUGACAGCAACAAUAGUAAAAUCAACAGCAGCAGCAGCAGCAAUGAUAGCAACAACAAUAGCGACAGCAACACCAACUACAACAGCGCAAACAAGUCACUAAAUAAAUCAAAUAGUCAUAAUAAUAGUAAUAACAAUAACAAAAAGCGUAAUGCGGAGUCCAAGACGCCAGCGGCGGCAGCCACAACAGCAGCCACUGCUACACAGGAGCAGAGCUUAAAGCAGCAGCAGCAGCAAGCGCAGCGACAGCAGCCAUUAUGUUUCUGGAAGACAAGCUAUCCGCAGCAGCCAACAUUGCAGCAAAAACAACAAUUGCAGGCAGCAUUGGCUACUCAAAAGGCAACUGCCGAGCUGCCAAACGAUGCGGCAGCACAAAAACAACAACAACAACAGCAGCACCAACAGCAGCAACAGCAACCACACUUUUAUUCAUAUUACUAUUCACAGCCUAAGCAAUUGACUAUUGCAUCCUUUAUGCAAAAGGAAAUGUUGCCUGAUGGCAGCAAGAACAGCCAACAACAACAACAGCAGCAGCAGCCACAGCAGCAGCAGCAGCAGCAACAACUAGCAGCUAACAACUAUCAGUUGCGUUAUCGUAGCAACAACUACAACAGCUACCAGCAACAGCAACAGCAGCAGCAGCAGCAGCAACAACAAAAUCACAUGCAAAAUACGCAGCACUAUAGACGAAACAAGAAGCCAAACUUCAAUGCAGCAUCAGUACAAAAAUCCAUUGAAAUCGUGCCGUCCAAUAAUUUUAAUGUUGCUCAUAGACGCAUGCAGAAUGCUGCUGCUGCUGCUGGCGCAGUUGCUGCUGCUCAGAAUGGUUACUAUCACCAUGCCUAUCAAACGCUCAUGCCUAGCAGUGGCACACCGACGAGCGCUGGCUAUCAAAACGCCUAUAAUCUUACCUACGUAAGUGUGGACAACCAGCCGACAACGUCUACGGCAACAGCUGCAGCUGCUGCUGCUGCAAUUAUAACAACACCAACAGUAAGUCAUAAGACUUUGCCGUCCAUAUUGCUCAGUACAGGGCUUACUCCGCAGCCGCCGCCGGCAGCGGCUCUGCCAGCAACCAGCGAAGCUGCUGCCGGCAUUAACAUGUUUAUGCAACCGCCGCCACCACAAGCGCCAACUGUGCUGCUGCUGUCGCCAGGCAUGCCGCUUACAGCAGAAGCAACCACGCCCACCAACAUGAUCAGCUGCGCGCAGCUCGAUGAAGCGAUCACUGCUGCUGCUGCCAGCAACAACAGCAGCAACCACAGCGAGCAGUCUGCUGCCAGCAGCCAAAAGAGUAUGGAUAUGCCCACUGCUGCUGUCCUCAGCGUGCAGAGUCCUAGUUAUGCUCCGCUGCCGUUUCUCUUGCAGCAGCCACAGCCACAGAAAAUGUUUAAGCCACAGCAUCAGCAGCAGCAGCAGCAGCAGCAGCAGCAGCAAGUGUUCUUUAGCUAUGGCGAUAGCUACAGCAGCUGGGCACAUGCCACUUCACCUUGCUACAGCAUUUCGGGCAGCUCUAAUCACAAUCCCAAUCUUUUGCUACCACGACGUCCAACUGUAUCGCCAGCCUCGUCCACCGGCUCGCUGGCUAGCGACUCACAGUGGAGCAAUCGCAACCGCUUGACACCUGCGGAACUGCUGUCGGUGUCACCCACACCCACAAGCGCCACGCCCAAUGUUACUGGGCAGCAGCAGCCGUUGUCGCCGCUGCUGUCGACAUCGCCGCUUCUAAAUGCUCCGCAUCCCAUGUUGCCGUUUGGCAGCAUCUAUGCCGGCUGGCCAGCCAACUGGUAUGAGCUGGUCUUGCCGCCAGAUCGUUACAUCGAGCAUGCACGCAAUCUGGAGCUGACUGUGCAGCCGGAGCAGCUGGUGUGCCACUGUAAAUACGAUAAUCUGUCACUGGAGAUUUGGAAACGCUUUCGCGGCGCACAGCAGACGCAGACUAAGUUCAAGCUGAAGAUGCGUCUAUGGCGCUAUCUAUUAGUUUUUAUAAAUCAGCCCAUGGGUUCGCGUUAUCGCAUCUGCUUGGUGGGCUCGACCAUAACGGGCUUUGGCACGGACACAUCGGACAUCGAUAUGUGCCUAUUGCCGGAGCAGCAAUCGCAUCAGCAGCUGCAGCUGCAGCAGCAGCAGCAGCAACAACUGCAUCCUUUCCACAACGAGCAGCGCACCGAGGCGUUGAUGAUAUUGAAUCUAUUCAAUGCGCUGCUUAAGAAAACGGACAGCUUUCAGGAUUACAACUUGAUUGAGGCGCGCGUGCCCAUUUUGCGCUUCAAGGAUCGCUGCAAUGGCAUCGAAGUUGAUCUCAAUUACAACAAUAGUGUGGGAAUUAAGAACACGUAUUUGUUGCAAUUCUACGCCCAGUUGGAUUGGCGCACACGUCCGCUGGUGGUGAUUGUCAAGCUGUGGGCGCAAUAUCAUGAUAUUAACGAUGCUAAGCGCAUGACCAUAUCGAGCUACUCGCUGGUGUUGAUGGUGCUGCACUAUCUGCAGUUUGGCUGUGUGCCACAUGUGCUGCCCUGUCUGCAGGCCAUGUAUCCGGAGAAGUUCGCUUUGGGUCAGCAGGAUUGCCUUGACUUGGAUCUGAUCGAACCCAUCGAGCCAUAUCAGACGCACAACAAACAGUCGCUGGGCGAGCACUUGCUGGGCUUUCUCAAAUACUACAGCAACUUCGAUUUUCGCAACAACGCCAUAUCCAUUCGCACGGGCGGCAUAUUGCCUGUGGCUGCCUGCCGCCUGGCCAAGAGUCCCAAGAACGAUAUGCAACAGUGGAAGGAGCUCAACAUUGAGGAGCCCUUUGAUCUGUCGAAUACGGCGCGUUCCGUUUACGAUUAUGGCACCUUUGAGCGUGUCAAGGCCGUCAUUGUGGGCUCUGCGCGUCGUCUGGAGCACACCUUGGACAUCUCAUCCAUAUUCUCGCCCCUACAUCAGAGCCAACGUCCAGCGUCCAUGCCGCUAGCAGCUGCGGCGGCGGCGCCACACUCACAUCCGUUGUAUGCAUCACACAUGCAACAAGCACGCAGUGGCGGCGGUGGAGCCACUACCAUGCUAUAAGAACAGCAAAGAUUACUUAGGAUAAGGUUAGAUUAUCAAAUGAACUGUUGUAUACUGUACUGUGAUAUUGUUUACCUCAAUGUUUGUUAAGUUUGUAUUGUAUUGCUCGCUAGUUAGUUAAAGUCCCUGUCUGUUAUAGUUAUAUACUGCUUUGUAUCAAAUGUUGUAUUUUUUAUGGCUAUUAUUUAUAUACACUAUGUGUGUCAAAUGUUUUAUGUGCACAUCAAGCCUAAGAUUUUAACUAUCUAUCUAUUAUAGCCUCUCUUACAGCCCGAAUUUUGGAUGUAACGACAGCGUCAGCCAUCAAGCAUUCCACCAAAAAUUAUAUCAAAUAUACAAAAAAAAAUACAAUA